AUGAUAGCUGGAAUUUGGCCUCGAGUGCUACUGCAUUCGUCCUGUAGUCGCUGGUUCUCCACUUAUGACCACGUUCUGGACUCUGUCUACCGCAUGCUACUGGAAGUCAAUGCUACCGAAGCUUUUCACGUAUCGGAAGCGCAGUCGACAGCGGUUGCAAUGGCUACAAAAGGGUACUCGGUCUUUUUGCAUCUCCCGACAGGAGCUGGCAAGAGUUUGGCAUUCCAGGCACCUGCUCUAGUGACUGGUACUGGCCAAACGACUCUUGUCGUCUCGCCACUUCUCGCUCUCAUAAACGACCAAGUGGCAGCAUUGAGACGCAAAGGAGUUCGAGCAUGUCAGGUUUCAGGCUCUGGGAACCAGCGAUUGGCUCCUUUGAGUCAGCUUCUAGCAAGGCAGAGACUCGUGUACACGACGCCCGAGUUUUUACAAAUGAACGAGGAGAUGCGGAGAUGGGUUCGUGCCGCAAACAAGGACCAUCAAUUAGCUCGGAUUGUGCUUGAUGAAGCUCAUUGUGUGCUCGAGUGGGGAAACACAUUUCGGCCGUCGUACUUGCACUUGAGUCACUUUAAGACCAAGUUCUUGAGCGAAGUGCCGGUGACAUUAGCAACGGCAUCCGUUUCGGACGAAGAUAUUGCGAGGCUGGCCGAGUUGUUUCAAUUGCAGCUGCGCCCAGUGCUUCCUACUGUUGAAAGGAAGGGUGUGUCGGACCAAGCAGCACCUCACAAUCAGUUGGUGGUGAUCCAACAAGUCACGGAUCGCAAGAAUUUGCGGUUGGAGGUUAUACGGAAGAAGCCUACUGCUGCCCAGUGGAUAGCCACUCGAGUUGGACAAGAAACGACUAUUGUCUACUGCAUGACACGAAAAGAAGCAGAAGACUUGUGCUUAGCUCUCGUGCGCGUCGGAUGCCAUGCGGGUGUUUAUCAUGGUGCGUUGCCACAAAGGCGUCGAGAGUUUGUACGCAAGCAGUGGAUGAUGGGUCAAUUGACCGUCAUCUGUGCUACGAGCGCGUUCGGGAUGGGGAUCGAUCGCUCGGACGUGCGGUUUGUGAUACACCACUCUAUUCCGUUAUCCCUUAGUGCAUACAUGCAACAAGUUGGUCGAAGUGGUCGGGACGGCAAGCCUGCGGUUUGUGUUCUGCUCUAUUCCGAAGCAGACAAGAGUCGAGCAGAUGCUUUGACAACAGGCAGGCUGGACUUUGACGGCACAGGAUCAGGUGCUAUGUCAAAUGGAAGUUCUCGAAGAGAGGUGGAAGAGGUGGCGGCCUUUUGCGAGAUGACCAACGGGUGUCGCAAAGAGUUGUUAUACUCGCAUUACAAUUUCCACUUCGAUGCUUCCCAAUGUAUUCGUAAUUGCAAUUGUGGCGUGCCGCUUGAAGCUGCCAUCGAAUCUUGGCACCAUGAAGUGAUCGCUACCGAGCACAGAAUCAAAAGCAUCGACGAUGACACGGAUGAGGGUAUUGCCAAAGGUGCUAUUGAGUACCAGUAUCAGAAAAUACUCGCAGAAUCGAAGAGAUUAAACCUUCCAAAGCGAGAGGCCAUGUCACGCCGACUCGUGCGGGAUGUUCUCGAGGCGCAACCUGCGUCAGAAGAAGAAAUGGCAAGUAUGCGAGGCGUUGGGUUAACGAAGGCCUCUCGAUAUUUCCAGCUCUUCCGCACUAGCUAA